AUGGUGGUCUAUUCUGUGGCUUUCCUAUUAGGGACCAUCGGGAAUGGUGUGGUCAUCUUUUUUACCGGCUUUGUAAUGAAACGGACUGUCAAUGUUGUGUGGUUCCUUAAUUUAGCCAUAGCUGAUUUUAUCUUCACGUUUUUCCUACCGUUGAGCAUUACCUAUGUCGCUCUUGACUUUCACUGGCCUUUUGGAAAAUUCAUGUGCAAGCUGAACAGCACUGUUCUAUUCAUCAAUCUGUACGCCAGCAUCUUCCUGCUCACCGUGAUCAGCAUUGAUCGAUACAUCUCCGUUGUGUUUCCUGUUUGGUGUCAGAAUCACCGAACUCCGAGGUUGGCCUCUUUUGUAGCCGGGGCGGUAUGGAUCUUAGCAUUAAUUUUCAGUAUACCUUAUGCUAUUUUCCGAGAUAUAAACGAUAAUGGAGAAGAUUAUGUUUCAUGUUAUAACAACUUUCAUGCGGAUGAGGACAUUGCCUAUUCAAGGCACAAGGCUACAGUAAUCAUUAGAUUUAUUGCAAGCUUUUUGAUUCCUUUCACCAUAAUCAUCUUUUGCUAUUCAGUAAUUCUUUUCCGUAUCCAAAAAAAUCACAUGACCACAUCGAGCAAGCCUUUCAAAGUUAUCCUAGCCGUUAUCAUCUCAUUCCUUGUCUGCUGGUUUCCUUACCAUGUCUUCUCUUUUUUGGAACUUAGUGCAAAUUAUGUUGAAAAUGAUCACCUUUUCUACGUAGUUUUUGUUGGAAUACCUAUUACCUCCAGUUUGGCCUUUAUAAACAGUUGUGUCAAUCCUGUUCUCUACGUCUUUAUGGGUCGAGAUUUCAAAAAGAAAUUCCAGGACUCCCUCCGGUCGAUAUUGGAGAGAGCUUUCACCGAGGAAUCUGCCCAAUUGGACUCCAAGAGCAAAACCAAGUCAACGUCAGAUUCUCAGCUGGUCUGA